AUGGUGCUGCUAUGGUUAAGUUUGGCUUCGGCUUGUUUGGCCUCGACAUUGCCUGUUGUUGAUUUGGGUUAUGAGAGACAUCAAGCUCUCUCGUACAAUAGCUCCAAUGGUCUCUAUAGCUUCGAUAACAUCCGCUAUGCAGCUCCCCCCGUGGGAGAUCUGCGAUUCCGGGCCCCAACUGCCCCGAAAGUGAAUCGCCAACACAUUCAAAAUGGCUCUGUCUCUCACAUGUGCCCUCAGGCGGCCCCAUUAUGGUCAACAAAGGUUCAAACACCAUUUGUGCUGGAUUAUUUGUCGGGCCAGCCGUUCAAUACGUCCACCGACAUCUCUUCCUACCCAUACACACCAACAAAGCAAGAGGCAGCAGUCUCGGAAGACUGUCUGUUCCUCGAUGUGACUGUUCCCAAGAAGGUUUUCGAUCGCACCAAGACUGGGACUGAAAAGAAUCUGGCGCCUGUCAUGGUAUGGAUUUAUGGUGGUGGAUACAUUGCUGGUGAUAAAACCACCAACGAUGCCCGUGGCCUUGUUCACCGGAGCACUACCGCGGACCAUGACGGUAUCGUCUAUGUGGCUUUCAACUAUCGCCUGGGCGCGUUUGGUUGGCUUGGUGGUGAAAGCGUAAACGCCAACGGUACUGCUAAUGCGGCCCUUCACGACCAGCGAUUCGCUCUGGAGUGGGUGCAUAAGAACAUUCACUUGUUCGGUGGUGAUGCGAGUCGCAUCACUGUCAUGGGAGAAUCGGCCGGUGCAGGCUCUAUCAUGCACCAGAUCACAGCUUACGGCGGGAAGCAAAGCCCUCCGCGUUUCCAGCAGGCUGUCAUCCAGAGCCCUGGGUGGGUGCCCAUCAUCAGCGAAGAGCAGCAAGAGGAUAGCAUGCAGCAGUUCCUGGGAUUCUUGAAUGUCAGCACUCUCGAAGAAGCCCGCACCCUGUCCUCGGACAAGGUCAUCGCCGCCAACUCGGCCCAGAUCGCAACCAAAUCCAAAUGGGGAACCUUCAUCUACGGCCCAGCCGUGGACGGCACAUUUGUCCCUGCGCUGCCAGGCCAACUCCUCCUCAAUGGCAACUUCCACCACGAUGUCAACGUGAUGGUUGGCCACGCAGCAGACGAAGGACUAUUGUUCACCACCCCGGAAAGCUACAACCGAACUGGUUUCGGCAGCCAACUGUCCAAUCUGGCACCCAGCAUCCUCAAGGACGUCUCCCAGUUCGUCGAGCACAUCCUCUACCCCCCAAUCUACAACGGGACCUUCGGAUACACCGACUCAGUCUCGCGCGCCGCCCUCCUCGUCUCCGAUAUGGCCUUCCAGUGCAACACCGACUACCUCAACCGGGCGUUCAACCGGACGUACGCCUACGAAUUCAACAUCACCCCAGGUCUGCACGGCCAAGAUGCGGCCUACACCUUCUACAACGAAGGCAGUACCGAGGUCAGCAGCACUUCCACCAACCCUCUCAUGACUGUGAGCAAUGUCACCGUUGCCCUGGCCAUGCAGGACUACUUCCUCAGCUUCACGGAGCACGGGGUCCCCACUUCGCCUCUGGGGCCGACGAUCGAACCGUGGGGUCCGCAUGCGCAGCUCAUGAGCCUCGAGACCGAGCGGAUUCGAAGCAUUCCAGACCCCACGCGGAACGCGCGCUGUUCGUUCUGGCAACCUGUGCCGUAUUAUCCAUGA